AUGCAGGUGACCGUGACGUCCGUAGAUGGCGACCGAGUCGCUCAGGUCCGCGUCGAGGCCACGCAGUUGCUCAACUCGGUGGCCACACAGCUUCAGCAUCAGUUUCAGAUCCCUGCAGCCAGUCAAGUGCUGCUGCUGAAUGGCCACGUCUUACGUGGCGAGCAAACGUUUGAGCAGGCGGGAGUGAAACAUGACGACCUGCUGGUGAUCACGGCCGCUCCCUCCACUGUACCUGCUCCUGCUAUCGCAGCGAGCGCCACAGCUCGUCCGGGCAUGAAGAUGCACGAGAUUCCGAGAAACGCUUCGCCGGAAGUUCUGCUUGACAUCAUGGACAAAAACCCGCAGCUUUUGAUCGAGUUGCAGCACACUGACCCUAAGCUCGCGACAGCACUUCAGACCAAGAGCGUGUCGACAGUACGCAUGGCGUUGAUGCAAAUGCACAUGGCAGCUGCAUCACGAACGUUUGAGGAACAACAAGAGAUCGAAGCUUUGGAUCUCAACCCGCUGGACGCCAAUGCACAAGCGAAAAUUGCCGAGCGUAUUCGGUUGUCGAAUGUCCAGAAGAACAUGGAGAUCGCUAUCGAGGAGAUGCCCGAAGCAUUUGCGCGUGUCACCAUGCUGUACAUACCGUGCACAGUGAACGGGACGCAAGUGAAGGCGUUUGUCGAUUCUGGAGCACAGUCGACUAUCAUGUCGUCGAGUUGCGCUGAGCGGUGCGGCAUCAUGCGUCUUGUCGACAGACGUUUUGCUGGCCAGGCUGUUGGUGUCGGCACGGCUACAAUCAUUGGCAGAGUCCACAUGGCCGCACUCAACAUUGGCGGCGAGUUUUACAACUGCAGCUUCACGAUCCUGGAUCAACAGGGCGUCGAUUUUCUGUUUGGACUUGACAUGCUCAAGCGGCAUCAGUGUUGCAUUGAUCUUGGCAAGAACGUUCUACGUCUCCACGAAAGCGACCGCUUCCACGAAGUUCCGUUUUUGCCCGAACAUGAAAUCCCGUCGUCGCAAAACCGAGCCGAUUUCACGCAACCUCCCGCGGCCGCUGGCAGUAUCUCGAUCCCGCCUUCUACUCCAAGCGCUGCCCCAACUUCUGCGCAAGCUGCUGCUUCCCCAAAACCGUCGACUGGCGAUCAAAACGACCAAGCGAAAGUCGAUCAGCUGGUGGCAUUGGGCUUUCCGAUGCAGCAGGCACGUCAAGCUUUGCAGACUUGCAAUGGCAACGUCGAAAUGGCUGCCGGGUUGUUGUUCGAGAGCAUGCAAGGCUAG